CUGCUUCUUUACUACACAUUAAAACAUAAAGACACUCACUCCCACACUAACCUCCAUCCGACUGUGUGCUUCUCUCUCCUGUCUGAUUCUUUUCGCAAACGAGCCGUCAUGGUGUGCCAUAAGGAGUUUGCUGCUGCAGGGAAGCAGCCCGGCCUGCAGGUGUGGCGGAUCGAGAACCUGGACUUGAAGCCGGUCCCCAAAGCUCUGCACGGCAGCUUCUUCACCGGGGAUGCCUACCUGCUGCUCUUCACCACCUCCGCCCCCUCAUACAACAUACACAUGUGGCUGGGAGACGAGUGUUCACAGGAUGAGAGUGGAGCGUUGGCCAUCUUUUCCACACAGCUGGAUGACUUCCUGGGUGGUGGGCCGGUGCAGUACAGGGAGCUGCAGAACUGCGAAUCCAACACCUUCCUGGGGUACUUCAGGUCAGGAAUCAAGUACCAGAAAGGGGGCGUGGCUUCAGGAUUCCAGCAUGUGGUGACCAACGACUCCAACGUGAAGCGCCUGCUGCACAUCAAGGGCCGCCGGGCCAUCAGGGCCACCGAGGUGGACAUGUCCUGGAACAGCUUCAACAAGGGGGACUGCUUCAUCGUGGACCUGGGCAAGGACGUGUACCAGUGGUGUGGCAGUGAGUGCAACCGCUUCGAGAGGCUGAAGGCCGCCGAGGUCAGCCUCGGCAUCCGAGACAACGAGAGGAACGGCCGAGCCAAGGUGCACAUGGUGGAGGAGGGGGAGGAGCCUGCAGCCAUCAUAGAGGCUCUGGGGCCCAAAACCGCCAUAGCUCCCAGCAGCAUGGACGAUGAUAAGGUGGACACCUCCAACAAGAAGAAGGGUGCCCUCUUCAUGGUGAGUAAUGUCUCUGAUGCCACCGGCGUGGUGAAGGUGACGGCUGUGGCUCCGUCCAGUCCCUUCAAACAGGCCAUGCUGUCUCCUGAGGAGUGCUACAUCCUGGACAACGGGGUCGACAAGAACAUCUUCGUUUGGAAAGGUCCCAAGGCUAACAAGACAGAGCGUAAAGCAGCCAUGGCAACAGGCCAGCAGUUCAUCAAAGACAAGGGAUACUCCAACAAGACCCAGAUCCAGGUUCUUCCUGCAGGAGCCGAGACCACCAUGUUCAAGCAGUUCUUCUGCGACUGGAAGGACAAAGACGAGACCACGGGCCCCAGCAAGGCCUACACCAUCGGCCGCAUCGCCAAGGUGGCCCAGGUGCCCUUUGACGCCUCCUCCCUGCACUCCAACAAGGCCAUGGCCGCCCAGCACGGCAUGGUGGACGAUGGCAAGGGCAAGGUCCAGAUUUGGCGUGUUGAGGGGGAGAGGGUGCCAGUGGACCCCUCCUCUUACGGUCACUUCUACGGUGGAGACUGCUACCUGAUCCUGUAUAGCUACAGGCUGGGGGCCCGCGAGCAGCACCUCAUCUACACCUGGCAGGGGCUGAAGUGCACAGUGGAUGAGCUGGCCGGCUCAGCGUUCCUCACAGUGAAGCUGGAUGACUCAAUGGGAGGAUCCCCCGUUCAGGUGAGAGUGACUCAGGGCCAGGAGCCCCCCCACCUGAUGAGCCUGUUCCAGGGAAAGCCCAUGAUCAUCCACAGCGGGGGAACGUCCCGUAAAGGGGGUCAAUCUCAGAGCGGCACCACCCGCCUCUUCCACAUCCGCCAAAGCUCCUCCAGUGCCACCCGGGCGGUGGAGGUCGAGGUCUCUGCUUCCAACUUGAACACCAACGAUGUGUUCGUGCUGAAAUCCCAGAGCGGCCUGUUCGUAUGGAAGGGCGUGGGGGCCAGUGAUGAGGAGAUGGAUGCAGCCAAGCACGUUGUUGGCUUCCUGGGGGGCAAUCCCACCCAGGUGUCAGAGGGCAAGGAGCCAGGUGAUUUCUGGUCUGCUCUCGGCGGCAAGAAGACUUACCAGACGUCCAAGAGUCUGCAGAACGUAGUCAAGCCCCCACGUCUGUUUGGCUGCUCCAACAAAACUGGAAGGCUUAUUGUGGAGGAAGUACCAGGGGACUUCACUCAGUCAGACCUGGCCACUGAUGAUGUCAUGCUCCUGGACACCUGGGACCAGAUCUUCCUGUGGGUCGGCAACGAUGCUAAUGCAGAGGAAAAGAAUGGAGCUCCUAAGAUAGCUAAAGAGUACGUGGACUCAGACCCGUCCGGUCGCAGGGGGCUGCCCAUCACCACCGUCAGACAGGAGGCCGAGCCCCCCACCUUCACCGGCUGGUUCCAGGCCUGGGACCCCAAGAUGUGGGAGACAGAUCCCUUCGACAGAAUCCGUGCACGUUUCUAAAAACACAAAAUUCCCCAAGCUCUUUCCACCUAUCUGACUCCUUAGCUGGCUAGCACGUUCUAUUGCCAUUUAUUUUAACCUCAAUCCCUAAGUGCCAAAAACAAAGUUAUCAUCAGGUUGAAUGGCAGCCUCUAUAUGCCUUGGUCAUGUGCAGAGCAUCGGACUUCAUAACAGUAUCAUCAGUAUCAUCAGUAUCACAUCAGUAGUCAAAUGACUUCCUGUUGCUACAUCAUUUGUAAUUGAUAACGUGGUUUAUUGAUCUGUUGCACCCUAUAGCUAAUUUGUAUCUAAGCCACUAUCAAGAAUUAGUCUAUUUGCCAGCUUAUAGAGUCCUACUGUGAACCCGGAAAUGUUAAGUACAACAAAGUUUUAUGUUAGAAAUGAAGAGUAAAUAUAGCCAUAUAGUAAAAUGGCAGUUUUAACCAGAAAGUGACCAUAUUUUUACUGAGCUGAUUUUGAAGUAUUUUGGGUUGAUUUGAAAGUUUUAGGGAACUUAAAACUGCCAUAUUUGACCCUAAACAUUUCUUAAAUUGAUUCAGCAUCCUCAAUAUGUCAGAAACCACACCAAAAAUGUGCAAAUCGGCCGGGCCAUUUUUGUACUAUUGUCUGCGUAUGCUAAUGAAUGCUAAUGAAUGCUACUUAUGCAAAUUGCCCAACAUAUGCAAGUUAGCAUCCGACAGUUUCUAUGUGCUGGGGACCCGUACUGUACAUUUCUAUCAUAUAAUUUUGGGGUACUCACACUGCUGGCAAGUAGACUAAAUAGGAACAAUUGGAAAGGAAGUCAUUUCAGGGAGCCGGAGAUCCUCUGCUUCUCUCUUUCACUUCAGAAGACACAAUCAUGCUUUCCUUUCAGUCUGUCUUCAAAGUUUUGUUUUUUUCAUAGACUCCAUUACUUUGCGGUGUUUACAUGUGUUGUGUUUUAUUUGGUACUGAAUAGUUGUACACUUGCUAUAAGUUGCAUGUUGCAUUGUUUUUAAAUCAUAUCCUGUGCUUGUGAAUUUUUAAAAGGCGAACAGCGGCGUUUCCGCUGUCUUUAUUACUUGACCCUGAAAUGCUAAAUGGAUGGCUUUUAAAUAAAAACUCCCAGUAUUUCAAA